CAAGUAUUGCCUGGCCUGGUAUAGAACAAUAAAGAACAGUGCUUUAAAAAUGUUUUUUGUUUUUUCGUUAUUGGUACUUGUAAUAGCCUUAUCUGUUUCCGGAGAUCGUCUCUGAAAUCAUCACUACUCCACUUUCUUGCCAAAAAUGGCUUCCCCUCUUGUCAACUUUCCCGUACAAUCACAAAACUUCUUAAUCACAGACCUGUCAACCCCAUUUCCCAUCUCUAAAACCUUCCUCCCAUCUCUUCAAUUCCCUGCAUUCCGCCAUUACUACAACCACUUUUCCACACCUCCAAGUCUCUCCCACAAGCCCAGAAUCCCCACUCUCACUCUCCACUUCUCCCUCUCCUCCUCCUCCAUUCCUCCCUCUUCCAGAGAAGAAGCCAUUCUUCAAGCCAAAACCUGUAUUUCCACCUCCCUAGAAAAACCCCUCAACAACCCCAAACUUGCAGGCAAACUCAAAAAACUAAAACAACCCAGGUUCCGCGUCGAGAUUCCCCUCAGCGAUGAUUCACCUUCUUCCCUCUCUCGUCUCGCUUACGACAUUUUCAGAGACCUAUCCAUUAAAAGAAAGGGCUCUCCUGCUAACAUUCUCAUCCUCUGGCCUAAUAUCGCCUUAACACAAGCUGCAAUUCAAGCUUUCGAGUCACUCCCCUCAAACCGUCUCGAUCACACGGAUAUCUCUUCAGUUUCCGGUGGUGAUACCGGAAUUUGGAACUCUUUUGAUGUGGCAGUGUUUUCGGCGCCUGAGAGCUCGCAGUUGGCGGCUAUGAAAAUGGUCACCGACGCUAUGUACCCGAAGCCGGUGGUGAUUUUCAAUCCUGGAGACAGUGUGUAUAACUUGAUGGCCAUGAAUUCACCGAUCGCCAAGUCCGCUAAGUUGAGGGAUUUGGUCUCAAAUGUAACAGGGAAAAAAUAAGUAUAGCUGAACCAUCGAGUUUUACUAAUGAUAUCUUUGUAGAUCAUGGAGAAUAUCCAUUCAUCACCACUGAAGAUUGUUGAUUUGCCGGGAGAACAUGUUGCCCACGUAAGUAUGAACAACCAUGCUCUCAUAGCAUCCAAAGGAGUAUCCCACUUUUUAUAUAAAGGUAAGUCAGUAGAGAGAGUGGGAAACUCUAGAGAUUUGUUCAGAUGUAUUGGUAUCAUCAAUGUGAAUUAAGCUAUUGUUCCUUUUAUAAUAUAAUGACGGUAAGUAAAUGAAAUGUUUUUCUGUUAUGGCUAAAUCUAGAAUCUUGACUCUGUGUAACUACCAAGAAAUGGGAUAUGUAAGUUUCAGUUUCUUACGUGGUUCAAUUCAUCCAUAAACAGCACCAAGUUUGAGCU